GUCAGAACCGACGGCAUGCAAGUCGCAGCGAAGCCGAAGGUGCUUGUCACCCGGCACGUGCCUUACAUCCUGGAACAACUCAAACUCGCCAACGUCGAUGUCGAUGUCUUCGAGCGGCAAGACAUCGCCAUGCCGCGCGAGCAGCUCCUUCGUCGGAUCAAAGCGUGCACUGGGGUGUUGUGCAUGUUGACCGAUCGGAUCGACAGCGACGUACUAGGUGCUGCCGGAUCGUCUUUGAAAGUCGUAUCCACGAUGUCGGUCGGCUACAACCACAUCGACGUGGCAGCCUGCCGUGCCAAGUACGUAGCAGUCGGCAUCACGCCAGGAGUAUUGGACACUUCGACGGCAGAAACGGCAUUGGCAUUGACGUUAGCCGCCAAGCGACAUGUCGUCACGAGUGUCGACAGCGCCAAGCGCGGCGAAUGGGGCGUGUGGCAGCCAUUUCAAUAUUGUGGCACCGACGUGGAAGGCAGCACGGUGGGCAUCGUAGGGCUCGGCCGCAUCGGAGCCAAGUACGCUGCCAUGAUGCGCCUGGCAUUCCGCUGUCGUAUCUUGUACACGGGGCCUCGCCCCAAACCCGACUUGGCCGCCCCUUUGGACGCCACGUUCUGCUCCAUGGACGACCUCUUGGCUGCCAGCGACAUUGUGAGCGUGCACUGUCCGCUGAACGCACAAACACAGCACCUUUUCAAUGCAACUGCGUUUGGCAAAAUGAAGGCGAAUGCUGUGCUUGUCAACACCAGUCGAGGCCCAGUGGUCGACCAAGAGGCGUUGUACGAUGCUCUGGUGGCGCGGCAGCUAGCGGCGGCAGGUUUGGACGUCACAGACCCGGAACCCCUUCCUGUGGACCACAAGUUGUUUACGCUACCAAACUGUACGAUUUUCCCCCAUAUUGGGUCGGCAACCAUCAAAACGCGGCAGGCCAUGGCUGACAUUGCCGUUCAAAACGUUCUCGCAGGGGUGCUGGGUCAGCCGUUGCCCCAUGCUGUUGAUGUGUAAGACUGAACUGUACAUGGGACUGAUGUGUGCUUUUUCACGUAACUAAAGACAAACCAGAGAUUUUUGUCUCAUGCAGGUGUCCCGGAGUACUUAUGCAGCGUUUAGAAACCAGUUCUAUUGUUGUUUAUUAAUACUACUACGGAC